GUGCAUUGCACUGUGUUGGGGUCCUAUAUGUACACACUGCGUGUCCGUGCGGAAGUGCUGCAUAUUCCCCUCAACCAGAGAUGCUUCUCGUCCUCUUCAUCCCCAUCACACUCACACAGCCUCCCCUGACACUGCCAGUGCAUGGGCUGUGUGUGCCGGCUAUGAGCUGACAAAGACCCAGCUGAUGAGGAUCUUGUUGUCUUCUGUCGCCCGGCCAUCCCUGUGUGUCAUCAUGCUGAGCAGCAGUGCCAGACUCCUGCAGCACAUCACAUCUGUCCUCUGCUUUGUGAAUGGAUUUACACCUGGGUGGUUAGAAUAUGGAUCUCCCUUUGCAGCUGCCUGCAGUGGUAAAUUGGAACAGCACACGGAAAGGAGGGGCGUUAUCUACAGCCCAGGUUGGCCACUAAACUACCCUUCUACAAUGAAUUGUAGCUGGUACAUCCAAGGUGACCAUGGAGAUGUGAUUACUAUAAGUUUUAAGAGCUUUGACAUAGAAGACUCUCCAAAAUGCGCCAUCGACUGGCUUGUGAUUCGACCGUCUUCUAAAAGAGAAGAAUAUAAAGUGUGUGGCUCCUCCAUUCCACCGGCCUUCACGUCCUCACGGGAUCAUGUCUGGAUUUUUUUUCAUUCUGACUCAUUGAGUUCAGGACAGUCUCAGGGAUUUCGCCUGUCCUAUAUUAGAGGAAAAAUGGGUCUGACUUCAUGUCUGGCAGAUGAAUUCCUGUGUGGUAAUGGCAAAUGCAUUCCCAGUACCUGGAAAUGCAACUCUAUGGAUGAAUGUGGGGACAACUCAGAUGAGAAUUGCACAGACCCCUCCAUGGAGACACACACAAGUCUAUGUCCUCCUGGCACAUUCCCAUGUAGUAUGGUUGAGUCUACUCAGUGCAUGUCCAAUGAACUGCGCUGUAACUCUGUGAAAGACUGCAGUGAUGGCUCAGAUGAAGAGAACUGUCCCGAUCUCUCAUGUGGCAAAAAGCUGGGCAAUUUUUAUGGUUCCUUUGCAUCACCAGAUUUUUUUAGAGCUGACCACAGCCAAUCAGAACUCCAGUGUACUUGGUAUGUCGACACUGAAGAUAAUCGGCACGUCAUCUUGCAGAUGGAUUUAAUGCUGGGAUACAAUGACUAUGUGCAAGUGUUUGAUGGCAUUGGUGAGAAUAGUGACAGACUCAUGCAAACAUUAUCAUAUCGCAACAACCGGCACACUGUUAACGUAGAGUCUGCAAAUGGCCAGCUCACUCUAACUUACCAUGCAUGGUCCAAGAGUAUAGGACAUGGUUUUAACGCAACUUACAAGGUCAAAGGUUACUGUCUUCCAUCAGAGCAUCCUUGUGGAAGUGGAGAUGUUUGUUUCUCUGAAAGUCAGCAGUGUGACGGCUGGUGGCACUGCCCAAAUGGGAAAGAUGAAGAGAAUUGUUCAUCUUGCCAAAGCAACAACUACCCUUGUGAAAGUGGAAGUGGCCUAUGCUAUUCUUUGCUUGAUCGGUGUAACAAUCAGAAGAACUGCCCAGAUGGCUCAGAUGAAAAGAACUGUUUCACAUGCCAGCCGGGGAAUUUUCACUGUGGCACAAACUUGUGCAUUUUCGAGACCUGGCGUUGUGAUGGGCAGGAAGAUUGUCAGGAUGGAAGCGAUGAGCAGAAUUGUUUGGUUAUUGUGCCUAGGAAGGUGAUCACCGCAGCACUUAUUGGCAGCCUUGUAUGUGGAUUGCUUCUGGUUAUAGCCAUGGGCUGUGCAUUUAAGCUGUAUUCUCUUAGGAGCAGGGAGUAUAGGGCGUUUGAGACUCAGAUGACACGUGUAGAGGCAGAGUUUGUGAGACGUGAAGCACCACCCUCUUACGGGCAGCUGAUCGCCCAGGGUCUUAUACCUCCUGUUGAGGACUUCCCAGUUUUCAAUGACUCACAAGUUUCCAUGUUGCAAAACAUUCGGACUGCUAUGAGACGGCAAAUGAGACGUCAUUCUUCUCGACGGACUUCUUCUAGGAGACGUUUGGGAAGGCUUUGGAAUAGGUUGUUUCAUCGCCCACGUACCAGGGGUCAUAUCCCACUGCUAACACCACAAGCGAGAUUUAGUGACAAUGACCUUAGCAGAAGUGAAGAAAAUUUACAGAGUCCUUCAACACCUGUUGAAACCUAUAACACAUACACACAAACUGAUAUACUAGAGGCCGGUAGAUCUGAAAUGGCAGCCAACAAUUUACACCUUGAACUAGAACUCAUUGAUCAGCUUCCAUUAAAUGGUUUAGAAAAUAAUUGCACUGAUACAGUUCAACAUUCUCCUUUAGUAGAGUUUGUUACAGAUUCAUACUCUGUGGAUUCAUGUAACCUAUUUCUUAAUACAGCCAUAAAAGAGGACACAGGACACUCACUAAGGAACACUUCUGCAGCUAUUGCCGAAACAUUUUGCUUGGUGCCUGUAUCACAAAGGACUCCUGAGGGAGCAAGCAAUAUAACAUAUAGCCAUCAGAGACCAGAAAUCCAGAGAUUGCCUUUCCAAAAUCUGCACUCAGAUCAUCCUGACAGCUUGACGAAUGUUCAUAACCAGGUCACAGAACAGCCAUAUUGCUGUGGAGGCUCUUGUCAGGAAGAACCGUUGGGUGUACAUGCUAACUGCUAUUGUUCAAAGGAAGUGCCAAUGUUUGAGCCCACGCACCCUCUAUUAGAAUCUAACACUAGUGAUGAUGAAUCUUUACUCAUUUGCUGAUAUCUUGUUAAAGAACUGAAUUUUUGUAUUUUUUAAAGAAAACUUUAUAAUUCAGCACUCUGCAUAUAUUUUUAUAUUGCAAUACUGCAAUUCCCACUGCUAAUGACCUAAAUCCACUAAGAAUAAUUUAUACAAUAUAAAUUAUAGCUCUGUA